GAAGUCACGAGUCACAAAUCUUUCAUAUGACUCGGGAGUCACGGGUCAUAUGAAAGAUUCGUUCAUUUUGAACGAAUCACUAGCGAACGACACAUCACUAUCGCUUACAGUAGACCCGGCUCUUGAGCCUCACGCUCGGGCUUAUCUCAUCUCGGCGGAUCUCCCUCCUCUCCACUCUCCUCUUCUUGCGGUGACGACCACUGACACUGAACACACACACACUCCCAGAGUCCUAUCUCUCCCUCAGAGAGAGCGGCAGAAUGAAGGCUGCGGCUUCAAUCCGCAUGAGCAGCAGCAGCAGAUGUGCUGUGAGUGUUUUUCUAUAAUGAGUACAUAACCUGAUGGAAGCAGAUUAGUGGAGGAUUAUAGCACAGUUUGAAGGAUUUGACUGCUGUCCAACUGUGGAUCUGACUCCUGAUAAACUUUUGUCACUGGCCGAUUCAUUGACUGAGACACUCUGGUAACAUGGAAGAAGAUGAGGAGCCAACAUAGACUCAUUGAAUUUUGAAGAACAACACGAUACCCUCCUCCCCUUCCUCUGACUCAGCACUAGAGCCUUGGACAAAUGAGGAGAGUGGACCUGCAACAAACAUCCGAGUGUGCAGAAAAAGCAGAUGCGUGCCGAUCUGGCCGUACGCCUGUUGCUGUCAGAACUCCAACUUGUGGAUGUUUGACUAGGAGACAUAUCACUGACGGAGGCAAAUGAUCAUAUUCUUUUUACAUAGUUCCACAUAUUUUGAUCCUUUUUGACCAUUUUCUAUUGGAAACUUUUCUAAUUUGUUUUAAUCAUUUUAAUAGUCAGACUUGGACACAAGAAAAGUCAUUUCAUUGGUUUUAUUUUCUGCUCCAUAUUUACUGUACCGUAUGCACCUUAAUCCCAAAGAAAGUCAGGUCCAUAGUUAUUAUUCUGGACUCACCAGCAGGUCAAGGCACUGUACACAUCAGCAGUUUUACUUCAGAGUUUCUAAUAUCUGUGAACAACGUCAAACAAAACGGAAACCCAUCAUCAUCUGUUUCUAGCACCUCACACUGAGCUACCAUGGCCAGACAGGACAUUCCUCUCUUCUUCCAUGCUUUCGAGCUCAGUGGUCACUUUGUUGACCUCCGACCCCUUGGUACUGGUGUCACUGGCUUGGUACUUUCAGCUUUUGACCAGCGUAAUGGGCAGCGUGUGGCGAUUAAAAAACUUGUAAUGCGUGACACCGUGACAGUGAAACAUGCCUUGCGGGAGGUCCGGAUCACACACCGGUUGUGUCAUGAAAAUGUGGUCCAGGUUCAAGAGGUUUUAGCACCAUAUGGACGCCCAUUGCCCCGAGACCCAGCCCAUCUCAGUGCCAUGUACAUAGUCCAGGAGUGCAUGGAGACGGAUCUGGCUCGGCUGCUGGAACAAGGGCCGCUUCCCACAGAACAUGCUACUCUGCUGUUCUACCAGCUGCUGAGAGGACUCAAGUUCAUCCACUCAGCCAACGUCCUGCACAGAGACCUGAAGCCUGCCAACAUAUUCAUCAACACGGACCAACUGCUGCUCAAGGUCGGAGACUUCGGGAUGGCUAGGAUAGUUGACCCUCACUAUUCUCAUAAGGGCUAUCUGUCUGAGGGUCUUGUUACCAAGUGGUACUGUUCCCCUCGUCUACUUCUGUCUCCAAACAACUACACCAAGGCCAUUGACAUGUGGGCUGCAGGCUGCAUACUGGCAGAGAUGCUUACGGGACGCAUGCUAUUUGCAGGAGCUCAUGAGCUGGAGCAGAUGCAGCUGAUUCUUGAUUCAGUACCUGUGUUGAGAGAAGAGGACAGAGAAGACCUGCUGCAGGUGAUGCCUUCAUAUGUUAAUCGUGAAUGGAGGAUCAAUAAACCAUUUUAUGAACUCCUGCCUGAAGUAGACGCACAAGCUGUGGACUUUCUAGAAAGGAUCUUAACAUUUAACCCCAUGGAUCGGCUGACAGCUGAGGCAGCAUUGUCCCAUCCUUUUCUACAGCAGUACUCCUGUCCAGAGGAUGAGCCCACCUCCCUGCACCCCUUUCACAUUGAGGAUGAACUGGAGGACAGGCUCAUCACUGAGCAGAACCUCAGCAACAGUCAGGCCUCCAGCAUCCACUGGGACAAGUACGCAAACAGUUCGUCAGAUGUGUGCUGGGAUCAGUCAGGCAGGAGGUGUUGGUGCAGGCCUCUGGGUCACAUGACCUCUGAACUGGGAGACACAACCGAGGACGAGGAAGUGCAGAGGGACCCUCGAGCCAGUAACACCUCAGUGAUAGAGGAAGCUCAGGUUUUUAUUAAAUUUGCUUCCUAUCUUUUAUAAUAAAUUUUGAUUUAGCGAUCUACAGAUCACUGAAGCCUAAUUCUGUGUAACUGUGCAGCCCUCAUUUUUUGCAGCCCUCAUUUUUCAUUAUAUUUUCAUACUUCAUACUGUUCAAUGCAUUUUAAAACUUAAAACUUUUGGAUUUUUGACUUGCAAUAACCUUUAUUGAUCUGCAGAGGGAGCCAUUUAGGUAAUUUAAACACGCUUUCUUGAACAGCGAAGGAUGCUGGAACGUCGUUAUUGUUUUAUGUAAAUAUGACCUACUAACUUAGUCGAAACAUUUUCUAAAGAACAAGCAUCUCAUGACAGACAUUGCUGCCCCCUACUGAGUCAAUGUUUUAUACAACGCAACUUCUAUUCAAAUUGAAUGAGUGUAGUUCUAUUUUAUUUUUCAGUUAAUUAUUCAAUAAGUUAUUUCCUACUAUACAAUACACAUAUAGCGUCAAU